AUGAGUAGUGAUGCUGAAUUACAAUCGAAGGCUUUGACUCUAUUUUCGGAAGAUUCAGAAUCUUUUGACAUGGCACAAAUCAUAUAUGAUUCCGAUAAUGAAAAUCACAAUGAUGAUCACGAUGUCGAAUAUCCCGGUGCUGUUACUACCGCAAUGACCGAACAACAACCAAUUGAGCAUGAUCUCGAUGAUAUUCGUCAAAAGACAUUGGAACAUAAUCGACAACAACUUAAAGGAAUUCAAUUUGCAAAUGCAGGUGAUGGAAACUUAAAAGUAGUAAAUAGUUACGCAGUUACUUCAAAUACGUGUACUCUUAUUUAA